CAGGAAGACAGCAGCCCUCCUUCCCUGCCUGCCUCCCUCCCUGAAGGCAGCGCUGCCUCCUCUCCUCUUCCCCUGGCAGGGAGUGCUUCCCCGCGGAACGUGGCAGGGCUCCUUCCCUGCCCUCGCUAAGGAAGGAGGGAGGCAGGCGCCCAGAGUCCCAAAGAGUGGAAAGUGGAACUUGGCAGGCUUUGGCUCUCUCAGCUGGAGAGGCGCCCUUCCCACCAGACAAGGAAGGACAUCGUCCCAGGGGCUGGGAGAUGGCCAUGGCAGCCCAGGACCGCUUCUUCCUGGCCUUGUCCGGGGUUUUCCUACACUUGUGGACUGGAGGGCAUGCCAGCGACACCAGCCAGCCCAGGUUACGCCUCUCACAUAAAGAGCUCUGGGAUUUGAACAGAACAUCAGUCUUUCACAGCCCGUCUGGAUACCUUGGUCUUCAUGUAAUGCUUCUGGACGAAUAUCAAGAUCGACUCUUUGUGGGAGGAAAAAACCUGGUGUAUUCUCUCAGCUUAGACCGAGUCAGUGAGAAGUACAGAGAGAUUCAUUGGCCAAGUACAUCCCUGCAAGUGGAAGAAUGCACUAUCAAAGGAAGAUAUGCUGAGGAGUGUGCCAAUUACAUCCGUGCUCUACAUCGAUACAACCGAACACACCUGCUGGCUUGUGGCACAGGAGCCUUUGAUCCCGUCUGUGCUUUUAUACGAGUUGGCCAUCAAUCAGAGGAUCAUCUGUUUCAUCUAGAAGCUCACAGACUUGAGAGGGGACGCGGCCGGUGCCCAUUUGACCCCAGUUCCUCCUUCAUCUCCACUUUAUUUGGUGGAGAAUUGUUUGCUGGGCUGUACAGUGACUAUUGGGGAAGAGAUGCAGCAAUCUUCCGCACAAUGGGCCGCAUUGCACACAUCCGGACUGAACCAGAUGAUGACCGACUGCUGAAAGGUACAAGGGAACCUAAAUUUGUUAGCUCCUUUCUGAUUCCUGACAAUGAAGACCAGGAAGAUAACAAGGUGUACUUCUUCUUUACGGAAAAAGCAUUAGAGGCGGAGACAGGAGCUCAUGCUAUCUAUUCCAGAGUGGGAAGAGUGUGUGCAAAUGAUAUGGGUGGACAACGGGUGCUGGUGAAUAAAUGGACAACUUUUCUCAAAACAAGAUUGAUCUGUUCUGUGCCAGGGAUGAAUGGCAUUGACACACAUUUUGAUGAACUGGAAGAUAUAUUUUUGCUCCAGACACGAGAUAACAAAAACCCAGUGAUAUUUGGACUUUUCAACACUACAAGCAAUAUAUUUCGAGGAUAUGCUAUAUGUGUCUAUCACAUGGCUAGUAUCCGGGCAGCUUUCAAUGGACCAUAUGCUCAUAAAGAAGGACCUGAAUAUCAUUGGUCUGUGUAUGAAGGGAAAGUACCAUAUCCAAGACCUGGAUCGUGUGCUAGCAAAGUGAAUGGAGGUCUGUAUGGGAGCACCAAAGACUACCCAGAUGAAGCUAUCCGUUUUGCUAGAAGCCAUCCCUUGAUGUAUCAGCCUAUUAGGCCUGUUCAUAAGAGACCAGUUCUUGUGAAGACAGAUGGAAAAUACAAACUCAAACAAAUAGCAGUAGACAGAGUAGAAGCAGAAGAUGGACAAUAUGAUGUCUUAUUUAUUGGAACAGAUAAUGGGAUUGUACUGAAAGUCAUUACAAUUUACAACCAAGAGACAGAAUCGAUGGAAGAAGUGAUUCUUGAAGAGCUGCAAGUGUUCAAAGUGCCAGUUCCUGUUAUAUCUAUGGAAAUUUCUUCCAAAAGGCAACAAAUUUAUGUUGGUGCAGAAUCUGCUGUUGCCCAAUUAAAGUUCCAUCAGUGUGACAUGUAUGGGACAGCCUGCGCUGACUGCUGCCUAGCAAGAGAUCCUUACUGUGCUUGGGAUGGGAUCUCCUGUUCCAGAUAUUACCCAACAGGAACACAAGCGAAGAGACGUUUCCGAAGACAAGAUGUCCGUCACGGAAAUGCAGCCCAGCAGUGCUUUGGCCAGCAGUUUCUUGGGGAAGUCCUAGAUAAGACUGAAGAGCGGUUGGUGUAUGGAAUAGAAUACAACAGCACUCUGCUUGAAUGUAUCCCUAGAACCCUGCAAGCAAAAGUGAUCUGGUUUGUCCAGAGAGCACAUGAAGCCCGUAAGGAAGAGGUGAAGACUGAUGACCGGGUUCUCAAAGUGGACCUUGGGCUCUUAUUUUUACGGCUGCACAGGAUGGAUGCUGGAACAUAUUUCUGCCAGACAGUGGAACAUAGUAUCAUCCAUACGAUAAGAAAAAUCACACUUGAGGUUGUGGAAGAGGAGCGUGUAGAUGACAUGUUCAACAAAGACUAUGAGGAGGAUCAUGUCUCUCAGAAGAUGCCAUGUCCUGUACAGAGUAGCAUCCCCCAUGGCUCAAGGCCAUGGUACAAAGAAUUUCUGCAGCUUAUAGGUUAUAGCAAUUUCCAGAGAGUAGAGGAAUACUGUGAAAAAGUGUGGUGCACAGAUAAGAAAAGGAAAAAGCUGAAGAUGUCACCAUCCAAGUGGAAGUACGCCAAUCCACAAGAGAAGAAGGCACGCAUCAAACCUGACCAUUACCGUGUUCCCAGGCACACUGCUGACUCUUGAUAGGGAGAGAAAUCCCCAGUGAUUCAAGAGAUCAUAUGUUUUUGUUUGGACCUAAGGAAAGGGAAUUUGGUCUUGGAUUUGGUCAUUAAUACAAGUUUAUAUAUAUCUGAAAUGUUGAGACUGGAAAUGAACAAAGGUGUUUUUAGUAAGUUAUAGACUUGGCAUUUGUUUAGAUGCGUCUAAAAAAAAUCUGCUUAAUGCAGAUUUUUGUAGAUAUUAAUGCUUAAUAUCAUUCCAUAUUAAGUUUUCCAUUUAAGAACAACCUAACAAUCAUCCUAUUCAACCUUUAGACCAAGUAGUCAAGCAUGGACCAUGCUUGUGAUGUAUAUUCUAGUGUGCUGUGGGGAUAUUUAAGUGAACUCAAAUGCUGAUAAUUUGAUAAGCAAAGCAACAAUGUAUUGUAUAAUUUCUUUUUUUAUUUCACAAAUGUCUUGCUGAUUUUUAAUGUGUCAAACCCUGUGUGGCCCUUCCUGGACUCCUUAGAAUUCCAGUUUUCAUUUCUAAACAGCAUGUUUAUAUUCUAAUUGUUGCAGAAAAUAGUUUGAAUAUGUGACGGCAGCAACAGCUAAGAGCAGAAAUGGUGAAGACUCAUAAAUCAAUUGUUCUGAUUAUAAAUGUGUUCUAUUUGUCAAAAACAAAUAGAAAACAAAAUUAAUAAUUGAAUAUAAUAUAGUAAAGGUGAACCAUGACCACCUUUCAUUGAAAUCAAUGGAAUUAGAUUUUUUGUUGUUGUUAUCCACCCUUGAGUCGAUCUCGACCCAUGUCAACCCUGCAGAUGAGACAUCUCCAAGACUCUCUAUGCUCCACUGUUCUGCUCAGGUCCUACAAAUUCAUACCCAUAAUCUUCUUAAUACAAUCCAUCCAUCCAUGUGACCUUCCUCUCUUUCUGCUUCCCCUAUCCUAAGGUAAUAUUCCUUUUGAGUUGAAAGAUGCAAGUAUUUUGAACAUAUGUGUAAUGAAUUUCAGAGAGAUUUCUGGUUUGAUCUGUUCUAGGACUAUUCAUUUGACCUCUUGGCAGUCCAUGAUAACCUCAGCACUCUUCUCCAGAACCACAUCUCAAAUGAAUUAAUUCUCUUCCUAUCCGCUUCCUUAACUGUCCAGC